UUGGCGCGUAGUUUUUUGUCGCCCGAGCGUGCUCGCCGGUGAUUGGGCCGCGGCGCGGCGUGCCCGAUGCGCGGGGCCGCGGCUGCUCGGUCGACCUCGGCGGCGGCCGGGUGGCGCACUUCUCGGCCGGCCUCCCGGGGGAUGGGCCACCAGGAGUCUCCGCUGACCCGAGCGCGGGCGGGAGGCGCGGCUUAUAUAAAGAGGUUAUGUAAAGGGCUCAGCUGGCGCCAACACGUGGAGAGCCACGGGGGCCUGGGAGCUUGGGCCUCCCCCGCGCGCGCCGCUGCCACCGCCGGCGCGGCCGCAGAACCCGUCGCGGCCCGGGCGCGGACCACCACCACCCGCGCGGCUCCGUGUCCGCAGCAGCCCCAGCCCAGAGCCGUCCACCCGCGGGGGCGGCCGCCAGGGGGGAAGCGGGCCGUCCGGAAGUGGAGGGGCGCCGGCCAGGUCACAAUCCAAGGUCCCGCUCCUUCGCGUUCCAGGGCCGGACGGAGUGAUGAGGCAGGGGGGGCCCGGGCAGCGCCGUUGCUGCUCCCCCCGCCGCUCGCAGCCAUGGAAACGGGGGAGGAGGACGGCGCCCGCAGAGGAACACAAAGCCCGGAGCGGAAAAGGCGAAGCCCAGUGCCGCGGGCGCCCAGCGCGAAGCUGAGGCCGGCGGCGGCCCAGGCCAUGGAUCCUGUGGCGGCCGAGGCCCCGGGCGAGGCCUAUCUGGCGCGGCGGCGGCCCGAGGGCGGCGGCGGGUCGGCGCGGCCGCGCUACAGCCUCCUGGCGGAGAUCGGGCGCGGCAGCUACGGCGUGGUUUAUGAGGCAGUGGCCGGGCGCAGCGGGGCCCGGGUGGCGGUCAAGAAGAUCCGCUGCGACGCCCCCGAGAACGUGGAGCUGGCGCUGGCUGAGUUCUGGGCCCUGACCAGCCUCAAGCGGCGCCACCAGAACGUCGUGCAGUUCGAGGAGUGCGUCCUGCAGCGCAACGGGCUAGCCCAGCGCAUGAGCCACGGCAACAAGAGCUCGCAGCUCUACCUGCGCCUGGUGGAGACCUCGCUCAAAGGAGAAAGGAUCCUGGGCUACGCGGAGGAGCCGUGCUAUCUCUGGUUUGUCAUGGAGUUCUGUGAAGGUGGAGACCUGAAUCAGUAUGUCCUGUCUCGGAGGCCGGACCCCGCCACCAACAAAAGCUUCAUGCUACAGCUCACCAGUGCCAUUGCCUUCCUGCACAAAAACCACAUCGUGCACAGGGACCUAAAGCCGGACAACAUUCUCAUCACCGAGCGGUCGGGCACCCCCAUCCUCAAGGUGGCAGACUUUGGACUGAGCAAGGUCUGUGCCGGGCUGGCACCCCGUGGCAGAGAGGGCAAUCCAGACAACAAAAAUGUGAAUGUGAACAAGUACUGGCUGUCCUCUGCCUGCGGCUCGGACUUCUACAUGGCUCCCGAAGUCUGGGAGGGGCACUACACGGCCAAGGCGGACAUCUUUGCCCUGGGCAUUAUCAUCUGGGCAAUGAUAGAGAGAAUCACUUUUAUUGACUCUGAGACCAAGAAGGAGCUCCUGGGGACCUACAUCAAACAGGGCACUGAGAUCGUCCCUGUUGGCGAGGCGCUGCUAGAAAACCCAAAGAUGGAGUUGCACAUCCCCCAGAAACGUAGGACUUCCAUGUCUGAGGGGAUCAAGCAGCUCUUGAAAGACAUGUUAGCUGCUAACCCACAGGACCGGCCUGAUGCCUUUGAACUUGAAACCAGAAUGGACCAGGUCACAUGUGCUGCUUAAAAUUCAGGGCUGAGCAUCUUGGGUGUUUUAAACUAGGUGGGGACCCCCAGUCUCAUCGUGUCCCGGACAGAGGACGGCAGAGUACAGGUGGUGGCCUGGCCGCUUGGCGAUCUCCCGACAGCUGGGUCUCCAGCAAUGUGAAGCUUUUGUUUGGGUUUCUUCUUGUAGUGUUGCUUACUUCUUUGUCUUUGUCCUUUUCUUUUUAAUUUAAACCGUUGAAACUUCAGAAGAUCAGGAAGCCGUGCUGUGGACAGGCCCCGUUUCUUUAAAGAAGUUCACUGUGGACAGCCAUAUGUAUAAAUAUCCCUGUCAAUCUUUGUAAGGGGCUAGGGAGCGACUUUGCUUUUGUCCUUCUCCCUCCCUCUGUUGUCUUUCUUUUUACACAUAGCGUCUCAGUUCUGCUCAUAGCACCUCACUUCCCCAGAGGAGGCCUGCUCCCCAGGGAGGAGGUGGGGGGUUCUCCGGGAAAGGCCUGUGGGAACUGCCCAACUCUGGGGGGCUGGUCCUGGCCUCGGACACGAUCAGCAGCGAAGACCCACCGAGAAGACCACGGUUUGACCAGAGCUGCAGACGGACUCGGCUGGGGGGUUCUUGUUGAGCUGCUGGGAGCCCCAGGCUGCACCAGGACUUAGAGCGGUGGGGGGGCCUGUGUGGCCCUGUGUGGUGGGGAGGAGGGGCUUGGAGGGAGGAGCAGAAAGGUGACUGCCUCCCACUGCCUGAUGCGGUCAGAUAAGCCACCCCAGCACAGCUCUGUGCUUGGGAAAGAAACGGUCGUGCCAAACCUCUGCCCCAGCCACAGCUGGGUCCUCCACGACGCCUCUCCCUCCACCUGCUGGACAUACUGCCUGGCGCCCUAAGCUCCAGCUGUGAGCAUUGCCAUGGUAACGGGGGUCUGGAACUGGCUGCCAUGCCAUGGAGAGUGAACCCUGUGCGCUGGAACCCAUGGUGCCACCAGUGGUGACACACCCUGUCAAGCUCCAUCUCUCUCACCCCUGGGGACUCAUCGUUUGGUGCCCAUCCUUAGUGUCAACGUGUCAGAUGGAAGAGAAUGGACCUGCCCCAGCCAGGGAGGUAUCUGCCUGGUGGGUUAGAACCCCUGUGGCUGACAGGUGCCCACCGGGGUGCCUGACCACUUGAGAGCAUUCUCAGCCGCGACCUCUCAGCCCUGCCCUCUGUGUCGCUCUCUGGCCAUUCCGGCACUGGCAGCGCCCCUGCAGCAGCCGCAGGAGGCCUCUCCUCCUGGGCUCCUGGCUCUCCAGUCGCAGGUAGAAGGCGCUCCCCCAAAGCUCCCCUCCCCACUCUGGCCGCAUAGGCUUGGGCCCGGGAAAGGGAGAAACCUUGUUUUGUGUUCGUUUUUGUUUCUUGUUGAACCUAAACCAGCAUAAGAUUGACAGGAGAGAUGGUUGGUGUGUGACCAAGGCGGGCUGUCCCCCCAGGGCAGCGAUCCCUUAGGCCUGGGCGUCGGGAAGAGACCAGCAGGACCCGGAGCCCAGUUUGGCCCUGUUUGCUCACAUCCUCUGCCUUUCUCCUGGGCCCUGGGCAGUGGCUUCCUCCUCCUCCUGGGCCGACAGCUGCUGCUGUUAGCAGAGGACCCCGCAGGGCUGCAGGUGGUGACCAGGCCCCUUCUCUCCCUGGCCUCAACGCCGAGACUGCGUUCCUGUCUCCUCUCGGGCACAUUCCUACCCUGCCUUCCCUUGGGGCGGCUGCCUCGCCACACACAAGCAAGUGGGAAGAACAGUGCCCAGACUCUGCGCCCCAGCUCCCCUGGCCGCAGUCGGGCCCUGACCUCCCCCUCCCCACCCUGGCCUGGCUCUCUCAGCUCUGAAUGAGCUUCGGGGCAGGCGUGCUUCCGCACUGUUAUUUUCCUGCAAAUCACCGAGUCCUUGGCAGACCAGAGGCCCGCCUGGUGGGGAGCCAGCUUCCCCGUCCCCUGAUCUGCGGCUCCCGGCCUUACUGGCUUGGUGGCAGAGCCUCUUUUCCUAGCUCCAAGUGCCUGUCUCUCCCUCCCCUUCUCCCCCUGCCACCCCCCACAUCGGCCCUCUGUGCCCCCAGGUGUUCAGCCAGUUAGGUGGAAGUCAGGCCUGUACAAACUUGGGCUCUUCCCUGCGUGGAGGCUGUCCUUGGGGCUGGCCCUGUGGUCCCGAGCCGCUGUCCACCUCUUCCCUCUGGUUGCCCCCCUCCCCAGCUCUCAUACCCAUCAGCGCCUCUGUGGGGCAGCAUCUCAGUGCCAGCAAGUUUGUUAGACCUAGCCAUGUUCUAGGAGUUUCCAAACCUUAAACAGCAGUCAUUCGUUCUCUUGGACCUGUGUGAGGAUGGCCCACGGGAAGGGAGGAUCCUGGCCCUGCCCUGCUGGGUCUCAGCAGGGUGUCCCAGUGGGCAAGGAAUGAGCAGGGCUGAUCCUAGUGCCUUAUCCCAUUGUCCUCCCCUGACCAGACCUCCGGCUCAGCUGGGACUGGGCGGCUUCCUUCACCCUCUCCGUGUCCAUCUGGCACUUGCACUCUCACCUUCUCACUCACAGGUCGCCACAGGGGUGGAUGUCCCCUUUCUGGGGGCUGGAGCCAGGCUCACGUCUCCCCACCCACCGCCCGGGCACUCAUGAGCAGCGUUAGCCCAGAUCGGAAGAACUGUGCUGCAGACAGAUGCACUGUCUGCUUCUUACCUCCAGUCAGGAGGACGCCGCUGGCUGACUGGCCCAGACCGGCUCCAUCUGGCCGCCUGCUGGGCCCCAGGACUGAAGCCACAGGCCUCAGCCUCUUCUCAUCCCAGAGGCGUUGGGACAGGGAGUUCUGUCUUCCCGCCCCAACACGGCCUCCCCCCGUGGCUGCCUUCCUGAGGGAAGGCACUAAAUGUUUACUUAAGAAAUACCCUGUUUACAGCUGGAGGAGAACUGAGCCCAGCACAGGUGCGGACUCGGUGCCUGCACUGGGCCUGCCUGCGGACGGCGCUGCCAGCGGGGUCCCCAGAGCAGGCGAAGGCAGAGGUGCUGGGGCGGGGUGAGGGCCUUCACCCCUCUGCUCCCCAACCCCGUGGUGCUAAGACCGCGUCCUCGUUCCUCGCAGCCUUCCUGCCCCUGGACAUUCCCUAGUGCGCCCCUCCCUCCCAGGCUCUCCGCUCCUUCCCCUAGCCUCGCUUGUCUCCUGGCCUAGAAAACCAGUGUUUGGAGCAAUAAGAUUAUUAUUUUUGUCUGAGUCUUUUUCUAAGAAAAGGAAAAGCGCUGGGAAUGGUGGGAAUCUUUCUUUUUAUGCCGUUGGCUGUUUACCUUUGUAGCAGACAGACCCUAAUAGGACGGCUGUCUGGGUUUUAGCCUUGGUCUCUUUGGAAACUUGGAAACAGGUGUCGAGGUGCCACCCCUUUGCAGAGGGGCCCUAGCUCUGCUCCCGCCUGGCCCAGCCCUGCCCACUCCCGCACUUCCCACCUCCCUCCCUGCCCGUGCCCCGCCCUCCUCCCACCUUCAGGAGAUACUGGUGGCUCUCCCUCCAGGUGGGUCUCCGUGUUCCCUGAAUUGGUGGCCUCCAGGACCCCUCGGGCCUACAACCUCAGAACAGCCACUGUUCAGGUCCCUCGGUUUUGGAGGCUGAGGUCCAAGGAUGCCACCUGUGCCACCCUUGUGUGCUGGGCUGGGCAUGGCCUCCCGGUGCACACAGAGCGCUCUGGUCCUGCUCUGUAUUGGCCACUGGCGCGGGGGUCUCGUCUGCACAGAUGCCCUCCGUCGCAGCCCUGGGGGCCUCACACGGCUGGCCUGCAGUGCAUCUACAGCUGCCACCAAGAGUUGAACCCAUGGCUCCUGAGGUUGCAGGGGGUACCCCAAGAUCCCCUCCCCUUGCUUUCUUCCAGGAGGGGCCCCGAGAGGAAGCAGUGUCCCUUGUGCCCCAGGGGUGUCUGCAUCAGGGCAGGGGGUGCACUUCGUGGCUUCUUCCAUUCAAGGUUGCUGACUGGUCGAGAGGGAGACUAAGCCAGACACAAAGUUAGUUUCAAAUACUAGUUAAUGAAUCUAUUUUUCUUUUUUUGCACAGAAGCUGGUAAUCUAGGACCUACGUGUGAACAACUUUCUAUGACUAUUUUUUUGUACUUGGUUUACUUGGGUUGGUAUGAGACAUUCUAUUUAAGUUCCUCGAACACUGUGCAUCCCCAAUGUGUAUGAAUGACUGAGGCUUUGUAAAUUAAGGGACGUUUGUGUGAAUAAAGUUAUUUGAUGGGGUCAGAGAAGCCAUAUGUGAUUUAAAAA